AUGACGCAUGCGUCGUUACAUGAAGGGCUAUCGCUACCCCCUGUGCCUCCAAAGACUCGCGCUUCCAGCUCCAAACUCCAGCAAAUCCUGGCUUUGACUUUUGCUGUAAAGGAGAUAAAUGAAAACUCACGUAUCCUACCAAAUCUCACUUUGGGCUUCCAAAUCUAUGACAGUUAUUUUAAUGCAAAGAAGACCUGUCAUGCCACAAUGCUUCUGAUGUCCACCCUGGAAAAAUUUGUCCCUAACUACACAUAUGACAUCCAGAAGAAUUUAAUAGCUGUCAUUGGUGGACUGGAUUCACAAACCUCCAUUCAUGUGGCAAAUGUCUUGGAUAUCUACAAGAUUCCACAGCUCCAUCAUUUUCUCAGAAGUGUCUCAUUUAACAACAGUGCUGGAGAGGAGGUUUCUUUUAAUCAGAAAGGGGAGUUAAUAGCUGGAUUUGAUAUUAUCAAUUGGAUUGUUUUCCCAAACCAAUCUUUUCAGAGAGUAAAAGUUGGGAGGAUUGAUUCUCAAGCUUCACCAGGCCAUGCCUUCACAAUCAACGAGGAUGCCAUAACUUGGCACAGCUGGUUUAACAAGACCCAACCCCUAUCUUUGUGUACUGAGAGCUGCCAUCCUGGUUCUAGCAAGCAAGUGAAGGAAGGGGAGCCAUUUUGCUGUUAUGAUUGCAUCCCAUGUCCAGAAGGGAAGAUUGCAGACCAAAAUGACAUGGGUGACUGCUAUGAAUGCACAGAUGAAAAUUAUCCAAACAAGAGAAAGAGUUUAUGUAUUCCUAAGGAUGUAAGCUUCUUGUCUUUUGAAGAACCUAUGGGAAUUUUUUCAGUUGGUAUUGCUCUUUCCUUUUCUUCAAUUUCAGCUCUGGUGCUUGCAUUGUUUGUGAAGUACCACAACACUCCUAUCAUCAAAGCCAACAACCAGGAUCUCAGCUACACUCUCCUCAUCUCCCUCCUACUCUGCUUCCUUUGUGCAUUGCUAUUCAUUGGUCAUCCACAAAAGAUAACAUGUCUCCUCCGACAAAGUGCUUUUGGCAUAAUCUUCACAGUAGCUGUUUCUUGUGUGCUGGCGAAAACCAUCACUGUGGUACUGGCUUUCAUUGCUACAAAACCAGGAUCCAGGAUGAGAAAAUGGGUGGGAAGAAGACUAGCCAACUCCAUUGUUAUUUCCUGCUCCUUUAUUCAAGCAACCAUUUGUAUUAUGUGGUUGGCAUUUUCUCCCCCAUUCCCGGAUGUUGAUAAGCACUCAACUUAUGGAGAAAUUGUUCUAGAAUGCAACGAGGGUUCUGUAACUAUGUUUUACUGUGUCUUGGGCUACAUGGGUUUUCUGGCUCUGGCCAGUUUCAGUGUGGCUUUCCUUGCCAGGAAGUUGCCUGACAGUUUCAAUGAAGCCAAGUUCAUCACUUUCAGCAUGAUGGUAUUCUGCAGUGUUUGGAUCUCCUUUGUUCCAACCUACUUGAGUACAAAGGGAAAAUAUAUGGUAACUGUGGAGAUCUUCUGUAUCUUAGCUUCCAGUGCCGGCUUGCUUGGAUGCAUUUUUUCUCCCAAAUGUUACAUAAUUCUGUUGAGACCGGAUCUGAAUAACAGAGAACAGGUUAUGCUAAGAAAAUGUUGA